AAAUAUUAAAAUGUUUAAUUUAAAAGAUAUAAGAGCAAUGUAUGAAAAAUUAAAUUCUGCAUGGAAAAUAUAUGAAAUGAAAAAAUUUAAUAAUAAAUAUAUUUUAAAAAAUGAACCAUAUAAGGAAUUAUCUGUUAUUUCUAAUGUGACACAAUGUAUGUCAAAUGGAAUUUGGAACUUACUUUAUAAUAGCAAUUUUGAAGGAAUGUCAGAAAUAUGUUGUAUACGUUAUACAAAUAAAGAUCAAUUAUUAUUAUUCUUUGAUAUAAUGCAAAAAUUUCAAUAUAUACAAUAUUAUAAUGAUUUAAUUAAGAUUAUUUUAGAAGACAUACUUCCUAACAUGGAGAUCUUCUUUGAUUAUACACAAUUGGAAUAUGUGAAAAUUUAUAAAAUGAUUUCUAUUCUCUAUCAAGGUUUAGAUCCAAAAAUUCCUAUUUUAGUAAGAAUUAAUAAAUAAAGAUUAUGAUAAUACUUAUUAUUAUAAAAUUGCUUAGAAAAAGAGUGAAUAAGUGAGUGAGUGAGAGAGAUAGUGAAAGAAAUAUAUAUUUGUUACUAUAGCAAUUAGAAAACACAAUGGAUAUUAUUUUAUAAAUACAGUGUAUAAUUUUAUAAAUUAAUGAAAUAUUUUAAUGAUUUUUAAUGCUAAUAAAAUAAAUAUAAUUAAUUAUAA